GAAGCCGCAGAGCUGUACAAACGUGGCAAACGCUGAAUUCAAUAUGUUUGACAGGAAGCCGCAGAGCUGUACACGUCGAUUAUUGCUAUUCCUACAUCGCACGUCCGUGUUACCGGCCGUCGUCAUCUUACUACUCCUGUGCUUCACCGUCUGCUCUGCUCCAUCGGAAACCAAAAUGGGAAAUACAUGCAAAAAUGUCUGGAAUAUAUCAUACCAACAUGCUCGGGCUCAGUCCCGGACCCUUAGUUCUACUAGCGGGAAGAUGGAUCCUAGAAAUAAAGGUGAAUGUUUGGAGAGGGAAAACAACGUUUCAGCUUGCGAAUGUGGGUUUGCAUUAUUGGACUCUUGCUUCUUUAGUGACAAAAAGAUGCUUGAGAUUGAAAAGGGUGCAAAGGAAUUAAAUACUCCUAUCAUACGAGCCAACCGGGAGUUAGUUGCAUCUGUCAAUGGAGGGUUGCAUAAUCCAUCUCCUUUGGUUUUCAAUGCUGCUUGGAGUGACCUACAUUUGCAGCACAUGACAACAAGUAGAUUUUCUUAUCCGUCUCCCUCUGAUGUACAAAGGCCGGAAAAUGACGAAGAUAUUGCCUUUAUGAGUGUGCUCUUCAUGGGAUUCCUUAUGGUUUGAAGGAUAUUAUUUCAGUCCCUCAGUACAAGACAACAUGGGGAUCCAAAACUUAUAUUAAUCAGACUCUUGAUAUUGAAGCAUGGGUUUAUAAAAGGUUAAGAUCUGCUGGGGCAGUGCUUGUAGCAAAGCUGGUCACAGGAUCAUUAGCAUACGAUGACAUCUGGUUCGGUGGAAGGACAAGAAACCCAUGGAAUAUUCAUGAAUUUUCCACCGGGUCCUGCUUGCACCUCUGCAGGUUUAGUACCAUUUGCAAUUGGUUCAGAAACAGCGGGGUCCAUUACCUAUCCUGCUUCCCGUUGUGGUGUCACUGCCAUUCGUCCUUCUUUUGGAUCGGUCGGUCGAACUGGAGUUAUGAGCAUAUCCGAGAGCCUGGACAAAUUAGGCCCUUUCUGUCGAGAUGCUGCAGAUUGUGCGAUCAUUUUGGAUGCAAUCCGGGGUAAGGACCCUAAUGAUCCGUCGUCCAGGGAUAUUCCACUGUCUGAUCCAUUUUUGGUUGAUGUCAAGAUGCUCACUGUUGGGUAUCUAAAGGAUGCUGAUAUGGAGGUUGUUGAUGUACUUUUGACAAAAGGAGUCAAAAUGAUUCCAUUCGAACUAAACUACACUGUUGAGUCAGCACAAGGCAUACUUAAUUUUACAAUGGAUGUUGAUAUGCUGUCUCAUUUCGAUGAAUGGCAGCGAUCAAACAAGGAUGAUGAGUAUGAGGCUCAUGACCAGUGGCCCCUUGAGCUUCAGCGAGCACGAGUUAUAUCUGCAGUGGAUUAUAUUCAGGAAGCCGCAGAGCUGUACAAACGUGGCAAACGCUGAAUUCAAUAUGUUUGACAGGAAGCCGCAGAGCUGUACACGUCGAUUAUUGCUAUUCCUACAUCGCACGUCCGUGUUACCGGCCGUCGUCAUCUUACUACUCCUGUGCUUCACCGUCUGCUCUGCUCCAUCGGAAACCAAAAUGGGAAAUACAUGCAAAAAUGUCUGGAAUAUAUCAUACCAACAUGCUCGGGCUCAGUCCCGGACCCUUAGUUCUACUAGCGGGAAGAUGGAUCCUAGAAAUAAAGGUGAAUGUUUGGAGAGGGAAAACAACGUUUCAGCUUGCGAAUGUGGGUUUGCAUUAUUGGACUCUUGCUUCUUUAGUGACAAAAAGAUGCUUGAGAUUGAAAAGGGUGCAAAGGAAUUAAAUACUCCUAUCAUACGAGCCAACCGGGAGUUAGUUGCAUCUGUCAAUGGAGGGUUGCAUAAUCCAUCUCCUUUGGUUUUCAAUGCUGCUUGGAGUGACCUACAUUUGCAGCACAUGACAACAAGUAGAUUUUCUUAUCCGUCUCCCUCUGAUGUACAAAGGCCGGAAAAUGACGAAGAUAUUGCCUUUAUGAGUAUUCCGGAAUUGGGGGAACUCAUUAAAACAAAACAAGUUACAUCCGUGGAGCUUACUGGUAUCUUUUUGAAACGAUUAAAGAGGUAUGGUCCUGUCUUGGAAUCUGUGAUCACACUUACCAAAGAAUUAGCAUAUCAACAAGCUAAAGUGGCAGAUCAGCUGCUUGCAAAAGGAGAAUAUUUGGGUGCUCUUCAUGGGAUUCCUUAUGGUUUGAAGGAUAUUAUUUCAGUCCCUCAGUACAAGACAACAUGGGGAUCCAAAACUUAUAUUAAUCAGACUCUUGAUAUUGAAGCAUGGGUUUAUAAAAGGUUAAGAUCUGCUGGGGCAGUGCUUGUAGCAAAGCUGGUCACAGGAUCAUUAGCAUACGAUGACAUCUGGUUCGGUGGAAGGACAAGAAACCCAUGGAAUAUUCAUGAAUUUUCCACCGGUUCAUCAGCGGGACCCGCUGCUUGCACCUCUGCAGGUUUAGUACCAUUUGCAAUUGGUUCAGAAACAGCGGGGUCCAUUACCUAUCCUGCUUCCCGUUGUGGUGUCACUGCCAUUCGUCCUUCUUUUGGAUCGGUCGGUCGAACUGGAGUUAUGAGCAUAUCCGAGAGCCUGGACAAAUUAGGCCCUUUCUGUCGAGAUGCUGCAGAUUGUGCGAUCAUUUUGGAUGCAAUCCGGGGUAAGGACCCUAAUGAUCCGUCGUCCAGGGAUAUUCCACUGUCUGAUCCAUUUUUGGUUGAUGUCAAGAUGCUCACUGUUGGGUAUCUAAAGGAUGCUGAUAUGGAGGUUGUUGAUGUACUUUUGACAAAAGGAGUCAAAAUGAUUCCAUUCGAACUAAACUACACUGUUGAGUCAGCACAAGGCAUACUUAAUUUUACAAUGGAUGUUGAUAUGCUGUCUCAUUUCGAUGAAUGGCAGCGAUCAAACAAGGAUGAUGAGUAUGAGGCUCAUGACCAGUGGCCCCUUGAGCUUCAGCGAGCACGAGUUAUAUCUGCAGUGGAUUAUAUUCAGGCACAAAGAGCUAGAUGGAAAUUGAUUCAGGAAGUGAAAGAGAGUUUCAAAGUGGAUGCUUUAAUUGGAAAUGCAACUGAUUGGGAGAAAGUGUGUGUCGGAAAUCUCGUGGGCAUGCCUGUGGUUGUUGUCCCAACUGGGUUUAAGAAGAUAUCUAGUUCACCUUUGAAUGAUACUCCGCGAAGAACUACAAUCACCACUGGCAUUUAUGCUCCACCUGACCAUGACCAUAUUGCAUUGGCAUUAGCAAUAGCUUACCAGAGUGUCACUGAUCAUCACAAGCGACGUCCACCGAUAGAUCAUCUUGGACCAAAUGACGUCGUCCCCAGUCCACCUUCACCCCCUAUCCCGGCACGACAAUUGCGUGCCUAUUAGGUCCAACUAUGUUGUUGAUAGGUAAUCCUAUCCAUAUACCAAGGUUAAACAUGGGUUGGUCUUACUAUUGUUGCACCUAUCAUAUGAAUAUUAAGAAGUGUUUUGACUCUAUGGGCCUCACAAUAUUGUUUACAAGCUUUUGUGGCAUUUUUUGGAUGGGAAGACAAGCAAAGCAUGAUAAUGAUACGCUAAGGCUAAAAUAAAGAGGAUGAGUAAUUUAAUCAUGCACACAAUGUUUUUUUCAAUUUUGUUCUUUAGGUUAUUACAUAAAGUUUCCAUCUUUUCAAUGGAGCCCUAAGAUUCACUAUUUUUUGACUUGGCAAUAGGAUGAAAUAAAGUAAAAUGGUUCACUAAACUAUCUGCAUAUUUUUGUUCUUGCAAUUUUCGACACGAUUUUGAUCAUGUGUCA